AAGCCAAAGCGUGGCUCGGAUCCCAGUUAACCUGCUGGAGCUCCUCCUGCUCGCUGAGAGCCCCUGCACCAACUCAGCCCGUACCCUCUCCCCUUCUUCCUCCGUCUUCUUUCUCCCCGCCCCCUCCAACCCCCGUUUGGUCUCGUGGCACUUUCCACCUGCCCCCCAUCCACGCAGCCACCCCACUUUCUCAUCUGACCCGAGGACGAAUGAGGGAGACGUUCCGGCGAAUUGGGGCAGCAACUUUCCCCGGCUGGUCUCUCGGCUCCGGGAGCAGUUGCGCGCGGCUUCUCCGAGACCCGCGGCCCAUGGAGGAGGAGGACGAGGAACGGUGAUGGGCUAGCGGCAGAAGCCAGGAGCCCAGAGCGAGCCCAGCGUCGCCCGCCGGCUCCGCCAUCCCACGCCGGUUCCCUCGAGCUCUUUCCGCCAGGGGAGCGCGCUGGGUACCACCGCUUUAGCAUCCCAGGGAGGAUGAGGCAGCGACCCGAGCCCAGCGGGCAGCAUCUCCAGGGCGAGCGGCGGCGGCUGGGUCUCGGCAUGAAUUAAGAAGCCAGGAAGAUGGAGCGCCGCACACUCCUCGCCCAGCCCAGGCUGAGGACCAGGGACGCCGGCUGGACGCUUCUCUAUUUCCUCGGCUCCGUCCUCCCCCAGACCGCCCCGCAAGUACUCCGGAUCGGAGGGAUUUUUGAAACUGUGGAAAAUGAACCUGUUAACGUUGAAGAAUUAGCGUUCAAGUUUGCAGUCACCAGUAUUAACAGAAAUCGAACCCUGAUGCCUAACACCACAUUAACCUACGAUAUCCAGAAAAUUAACCUUUUUGAUAGUUUCGAAGCCUCACGGAGAGCAUGUGAUCAGCUGGCGCUUGGUGUGGCUGCUCUCUUUGGUCCUUCCCAUAGCUCCUCCGUCAGUGCUGUGCAGUCUAUUUGCAACGCUCUCGAGGUUCCACAUAUACAGACUCGCUGGAAACACCCCUCCGUGGACAACAGAGACCUGUUUUACAUCAACCUCUACCCCGAUUAUGCGGCUAUCAGCAGGGCAGUCUUGGAUCUGGUCCUCUACUACAACUGGAAGACAGUGACCGUGGUGUAUGAAGAUAGCACAGGUCUCAUUCGCCUGCAAGAGCUCAUCAAAGCUCCCUCCAGAUAUAAUAUUAAAAUCAAAAUCCGCCAGCUGCCCUCUGGGAAUAAAGAUGCUAAGCCGUUACUCAAGGAAAUGAAGAAAGGCAAGGAGUUCUACGUGAUAUUUGAUUGUUCACAUGAAACAGCCGCUGAGAUCCUUAAGCAGAUCCUGUUCAUGGGCAUGAUGACUGAAUACUAUCAUUACUUUUUCACAACCCUGGACUUAUUUGCUUUAGAUCUGGAACUCUAUAGGUACAGUGGUGUAAACAUGACUGGGUUUCGGCUACUGAAUAUUGACAACCCCCACGUUUCCGCCAUCAUUGAGAAGUGGUCCAUGGAAAGAUUGCAGGCUCCACCCAGGCCUGAGACUGGCCUUUUGGAUGGCAUGAUGACUACUGAAGCUGCUCUGAUGUAUGAUGCUGUAUACAUGGUGGCCAUUGCCUCCCACCGGGCUUCCCAGCUGACCGUCAGCUCCCUACAGUGCCACCGGCACAAGCCAUGGCGCCUUGGGCCCAGAUUUAUGAAUCUGAUCAAAGAGGCUCAGUGGGAUGGCUUGACUGGGCGUAUCACCUUCAAUAAAACCGAUGGCUUGAGGAAGGAUUUUGACCUGGACAUUAUUAGUCUCAAAGAGGAAGGAACUGAAAAGGCUGCUGGCGAAGUGUCUAAACACUUAUAUAAAGUGUGGAAGAAGAUUGGGAUUUGGAACUCCAACAGUGGGCUUAACAUGACGGACGGCAACAAAGACAGGUCCAAUAAUAUCACCGAUUCUCUUGCCAACCGAACACUCAUCGUCACCACCAUUCUGGAAGAACCCUAUGUGAUGUACAGGAAAUCUGAUAAGCCCUUGUAUGGAAAUGACAGAUUUGAAGGAUAUUGCCUGGAUCUAUUGAAGGAAUUGUCAAACAUCCUGGGUUUCAUUUAUGAUGUUAAACUCGUCGCUGAUGGGAAAUAUGGUGCUCAGAAUGACAAAGGAGAGUGGAAUGGAAUGGUCAAGGAACUUAUAGAUCAUAAGGCUGACCUGGCGGUGGCUCCUCUUACCAUCACCUACGUGCGGGAAAAAGUCAUCGACUUCUCCAAACCCUUCAUGACCCUGGGCAUCAGCAUUCUCUACCGGAAGCCCAAUGGCACUAAUCCAGGGGUCUUCUCCUUCCUCAACCCCCUGUCUCCUGACAUUUGGAUGUAUGUCCUCUUAGCCUGCUUAGGAGUCAGUUGUGUACUUUUUGUGAUCGCAAGGUUUACACCCUACGAAUGGUAUAACCCCCACCCAUGCAACCCUGACUCAGACGUGGUGGAAAACAAUUUUACUUUACUAAAUAGUUUCUGGUUUGGAGUUGGAGCUCUCAUGCAACAAGGAUCAGAGUUGAUGCCCAAAGCUCUCUCGACCAGAAUAGUUGGAGGGAUAUGGUGGUUUUUCACCCUAAUCAUCAUUUCAUCCUACACUGCCAAUCUGGCCGCCUUCUUGACAGUAGAGCGAAUGGAAUCCCCCAUUGAUUCAGCGGAUGAUUUGGCAAAACAAACCAAGAUAGAAUAUGGGGCUGUCAGAGAUGGAUCAACAAUGACCUUCUUCAAGAAAUCGAAGAUAUCCACCUAUGAGAAGAUGUGGGCUUUCAUGAGUAGCAGGCAGCAGACUGCCCUGGUCAAAAACAGUGAUGAGGGGAUCCAUCGAGUGCUCACCACUGACUAUGCCCUGCUGAUGGAGUCCACUAGCAUCGAGUAUGUGACGCAAAGAAACUGCAACCUCACCCAGAUCGGGGGCCUCAUUGACUCCAAAGGUUAUGGAGUGGGAACACCAAUUGGCUCUCCUUACCGGGAUAAAAUUACUAUUGCUAUUCUUCAAUUACAAGAAGAGGGGAAACUCCAUAUGAUGAAAGAAAAAUGGUGGCGGGGAAAUGGCUGUCCAGAAGAAGACAACAAAGAAGCCAGUGCUCUGGGAGUAGAAAAUAUUGGGGGCAUCUUCAUUGUUCUGGCUGCUGGAUUGGUCCUUUCUGUAUUUGUAGCCAUUGGAGAAUUUAUUUACAAAUCCCGAAAGAACAACGAUAUUGAACAGUGUCUCUCUUUCAAUGCCAUCAUGGAAGAACUGGGAAUCUCACUCAAAAAUCAGAAAAAGUUAAAGAAAAAGUCAAGAACUAAGGGGAAAUCAUCCUUCACAAGUAUCCUUACUUGUCAUCAAAGACGAACUCAGAGAAAAGAGACGAUGGCGUGAGCUGAGAACACACCUGGAGUAAGCUUUCAGGAAGAAAAACAUGCUUACUGCAGGUUUUUGGAUAAAGGAUUUCUAACAAUGGUGCAAUGUUUUACAUACAUCUAUAUGCAUAACUCAGAUUAUGGAUACAGAUACAAGAAAUACAGUUUAGAAAGCUCAGAUAGACUGAGAUUACUUGGGAAGUGACAUGGAUUCUUUUGAAAUGAAUUUGUAUGCUCACUUAUUUUACCUUUCCUCUUUCAUCCCAAUAAAUUGCUGUGUGUGCUUUCUAAGUAAUAAUAAAACAACAGGGUUUUUUCCAGAA